GAUAUAGUAUAUUAGUAUUAUUCGUCAAUGGUUGAUGAUUCUGCAGCACUGCGACAUACCAACCUUGAUAUCCAACUGUCUGGGCAGGAAAGACAGAAAAAAAUGAAACUACCUACUAGCCUAAGCUACCAGCUACUAGGUGCCUCAUCAGGCAUAGGAGCUGCAACAGCACAGUUGUUUUCACGAUUUGGAGCUUCCUUGUCUUUGACAGGCCGCAAUACAAAAAACCUAGAGGAAAUAGCACAGAAAUGCAUAAAUGAAAAGACUCAUAAACCCCCAUUAACUAUUCAAGCGGAUCUAAAUAAUGAAGGUGAUACUAAGCGGAUUGUUGAUGAAACUAUCAAACACUAUGGGCGUAUUGACAUAUUGGUCAAUAAUGCUGGCAUUAUAGAAUUGGGGACAAUUCUCAACACCUCUUUGGAACAAUAUGACCGUGUUAUGAACACAAACAUUAGGUCUAUUUAUCAUCUCACAAUGCUGGCAGUACCACAUCUUAUUGAAACAAAAGGCAAUGUAGUGAACAUCUCAAGUGUGAAUGGCAUCAGAUCUUUUGCAGGUGUCUUGGCAUAUAAUGUCUCAAAAGCUGCAGUAGACCAGUUUACCCGAUGUGUUGCACUUGAAUUGGCAGAGAAGAAAGUUCGUGUUAACUGUGUGAAUCCUGGAGUAAUAAUAACUGAACUACAGAAACGUGGAGGUCUGAAUGAAGAAGCAUACGCAGCAUUCCUUGAACGUGCGAAGCUCACUCAUGCUCUUGGACGCCCAGGAGAGCCUGAUGAGGUAGCAGCUACUAUUGCAUUUCUUGCUUCUGAUGAUGCAUCUUUCAUUACUGGGGUAUCAGUUCCAGUUGAUGGUGGUCGUCAUGCUAUGUGCCCUCGUUAAGGCAGCACGUGUGUGAGGGAAAUAAAUAUAUAUUAUUAAUGAUUGUUUGUUUACAUCUUACAAUACUUUUAGGUGAUAUAGGUAGAUUUACUGCAUACAGUUAGCAACUUAAACAAAUUUAACAUCAAACAAUGGUACUGAAUGUCUGAAAAAAUUUAUUUGAUGACUGCAUGGGAUAAAAGGUACAGUAGAGCUCCGGACCUCAACGAUAAUCCGUCCUAGAAGAGGGGUCGAAAUUCAAUUUUUUUGAGAUCUGAAUCAAUAUUUUCCACAAGAAAUAACUGAAAAUGGAUUAACUGUUCCUAACCACCUAUUAUUACCCUAACCUUGCCUUAUUAUACAAAAUUAAAUGUUAUGAUACUAAAACUAUUUUUCAUAUAAUGUCCUUGUAAAAUAGGGAUGCAUCUUUUAUGGCUGCAAAUUACUAAUCUCUUCUUUACCAGGAAGCUUAAUAAAGCGUAAAGAUUGUGUUCGCUACCAAACCACACACGUACUAAACAUUGCUUUCACUUGCAAAGAAAUUCAUAAUCUUGUGAAGAAUAAUCAGUCAUAAAAAUCCAUAAUUAAAUAAUAAAGUAGAAUAUUACUACAUAUGUAAGAUAUACAAAGACUAUCAAACACCAUUAAGUUUUUAUGUUAACACUAUUGAUGUCGAAAGCCUUUGUAUAUUUUUCGUCCUUUACUAUUAAUUGUGGAUUUUUAUGACACACAUUGCUCUCUCUACCAAACCUCAGAACGGUGUUCGAAAGUCUUUGUAUAUUUUUCAUACUUUACUAUUAAUUAUUGAUUUUUCUAACUACAUUUUUCUUAUUUUACUAUUAAUUGUUGAUUUUUAUGACAUACAUUUUUCUCACUACCAAACCUCACACGUAAACAUUGCAUUUACUAUUGUGUGUGUGCAUGCAUAGUUUUGUAGACUAGGAAUAUGUCUAAAAAAAUCGAGGCUGGAUGCUAGUUUACAGCAAGGAAAUCCCGCAAAAGUGAAAACUGUGCACGUACCAAAACAAUAGCAGUGGAGUGAUCAGUUUUAAACAAGUCAUAGCAACAUCGCCACCAAUGUUACCAGAUGCAGUAGCAUCAUUUAAUACUUUUAGCAUAUUUGAGGUAAAUUUUGUUGCAUAGCAUAAUAUUUGGCAUAACCCAUUUAGCAUAAUUUUUAGUUUGGCAUAAAUAUACUUAGAAUCAUUAAAAACAACAAACAUACCUGACUUUUUUGAUAAAAUAAUGUACGUAAUAUUUAAUAAAUUAGGUUUAUCAAUCUGUCACAUAAGAAAAUCUAAACAGGUUUGAUGUGUCCCUCAUACAUACUGCCCAAGCGUCACAAAUGUCUGUGUUUCAUGACGUAAGUGGAAAUCAAAAUCCCAAAAAUAAUCUUGGAGAAUGAACAACAAGACUUGGAUAGUAAAUGGUGAGCACAAAUUAAUUACAAGUGACGAUACUGACAGUUUUCUUUUUGAAAACAUCGACACAGUCAUUCUGGGUUAAAGUUUAUCUAAGUAAUAAGUAUGCUAUUCUUUCAAAGUUAGCUUGAGUUCAUUUCUCCAUGGUAUAUAUAUAUAAAAAAAAAAAUCAAAUGUUUCACUAACAAAUGAACUAAUAUACAGUGAAGAUAUCAAGAAAGCAGGUGAUUGCACUAAAUUUAAUCCUUCAAAGGACAUGCUGAGGUCCAUAGAUAUUUCCUGUGUAAGUAUAGGAUUAUCAACUUUCAUAUUUAAUGACCAAUUGUAUUUACUAUAUAUUUAUAUUCACUGCGAAAAUAAACUAUUAAUUUAGCAUAAUAUUAGCACAAUUUUGUCAUCCCACUAGCAUAAUUUUGAAAGAUUUACCAUAAUUUCCUAUAGUGUUUAGCAUCAAAUGAGAAAUGAGAUCUAUGUUAGCAUAAAAUUAGCAUAACUGUCAUCCCACUAGCAUAAAUUUGAUAGAUUUAGCAUAAUUUCAUAUGGUGUUUAGCAUCAAAAUGGGAGUGAGAUCUAAGCAUAUCAGCAUAAUUUUGAUAGAUUUAGCAUAAUUUCAUAUUUAUUGGAAAGUGAGAUCUAAGUUAGCAUAACAUUAGCACAAUUUUGAUAGAUUUAGCAUUAUUUCAUAUAGAGUUUAGCAACAAAUGGGAGGUGAGAUCUAAGUUAGCAUAAAAGUAGCAUAAUUUUAUCAUCCCACAAGCAUAAUUUUGAUAGAUGUAGCAGCAUAUUAGCAUAAUUUCAUAUGCAGUUUAGCAUCAAAUGAGAUCUGGUAACACAAAACGCCACCAACAACAGUAACUAGUAGCGUUGACUGAUUAUUAUUAAUAGGGCUUAGUUUUUCUAGACCUCUGAGUCUUAAGUAGACUCUUCUCGGGCUGGUAGCGUUGCGUUGACUGAAACAAUUUUGUUUAUGCACAUCAUAUGGCCACUCUGGUUGAAUUCUGUAAUUUUGUUCGAACUAUAAUGCAAAGUUUACUCAAAAUUUGGUGUCGAAACCCGAUUAUGUCAACUUCUAGUACGGUUGAGGUCCAAGGUUCUACUGUAAAAUGAAAAUAUAAAGACAGAGGUAAAAUGAAGUUAACCAAGAAUGUUUAAUUAUUUUUUUUGCUAUUUUCAAAGAGAUUUCAUGAAUAACAAAUUUAGAAUUACAAUUUGUAUUCUUCCAAGGUAUGUAUAAAAACUAAAACCUUUAACACAGGAGUAUCUUUCAGUGCAGGCUGGACACUGAUUGAAACUUUAUAUCAAGGUGCUUAACUAACUUUUCCUAUAUCAAGGUGCUUAACUAACUUUUCCUAUAUGAAGGUGCUUAACUAACUUUUCCUAUGACAGCAGGGACUAAGCGGGACAGUGGCAGUUGACGUAUGACUAAGUUUACCAAGGAAAAAUACGCAUUGUUAUUCAAAAUUUAUUUGUUCCCACAGGAAUACAAACCAUUGGCUUUUUCUAUAUUAGACUUACUCUUCAGGAAGGAGGUCAGUCCCUUACAACUGGCUGGAGUUGACAGCCACCACAGAAUUACCAUGAAGCCAGUUGCAUUAUCAACAGAAGAACCAUGACUCCUGUAACCUCCAACUAGUUGGGCAAAAAAGUUGGUCAGAGCUAUGGGGCCCUAGGCCUGAAUGCCCUUUCUAAAGCAAGAAGGGAUUACUGGAGAAGGAAUGCCAUGGAGCAGCAUGAUGUCUCCUGUACUAGACUUCCUGAAGGAAGGCAGGUUAGUUCUGGCUAUUUGAAGUAAAGGAUUUAAGACUAAGCUCUAUUAGGGGAUGCUUCCUUUUCUCAGAUAGAGAAUGGAUAUCCGAAAUGUUCUCACGUGCAACUCAUCCAACACCAGCAUUUACUUUGCCUGGAUGCUGCCCUUAAGGGAAUUAGAGGAAGGGCAUCCAGUCAUUCCUCUUUCACAUCUUUCAAAUUUACAUUGGACCUUAGAUAUGUCAGAUGAGAUACUGACCCAAUGUGAUCUAGUGCUCGGGUGACUACAAACUUGUUGGUCAGCAACUACAAAUCUGAAAGAAAAUGUGUAAGGGUCUUGUGGACAACAUCCCUCAGGUAGAAUGAGUAAAGGUAGUCUGAUGAUGCCAGACAUCUGCCCUCAUUAACUGUACAUCUGGAAAGUUCUUCCAAAAACCAAUGGGCAGACCUACGCCAACCUUUGUGAACCCUAACAUGGGAAGGGAGGCCAACUGUUUUAUUGAAGGUUAUAGCCUGUCUGAUUACUUCAUGAAGCCAAAAAGGAAGGUUGUCCUUGGACACCUCCUCCUUGUGCUUACCUGCAUAUGUUAAUGAAAAGGUGCGUACACUCUGGCCUCUGGGAAUGGAUUCUUUUAAAAUAGUGGUUUAUCUUCUGAAUGAUGCAUAUUAAUUUAUUACAAUAAUAAUUGACAGCUUGCACCAGGCAGAGCAACAUCUUAUCUGUGUUUCCACCAACAAAGUCUUGAAGAGAGAUCAUAAAAAUCUGUCCAAGACAGGUAUGUUUUGGAUUUGAUUUUGGCCAAAAACUUGGGUGCAAAGGAGAAUGAUAGAGAUUCCCACCAUUCCGAUUCAUGGACAAGAUGAGGACAGGCCAUGCAGCCCUCUACUUUUUCUCAGCAAAGCCCAAGCUAAGAGGAAACAGUCUUGAACAUAAGGUCAUGGUCUGAGGGUCUAGACAAGGGUUUGAAGGGCACACAGGUGAGACUCCUAAGAUAACAUACGUAAUCCUGGAUGUUAAAACCAUUAGAUGUUCUAUUUAUCUGAGAGGGGGGUGUCCUAUAACAGAAUCCUGUACCAGUCCUGAAGGACAGAUACUACUGAAGGCUCUGCUUCCUGGUCCUGCCACUCAGCCCAGUGGUAAGAACAGACAACCCCCUACAUGUGGCAGUGUAGGAGGUGAAUUACCACUCUCAACAACCUCCUCCCUUCUUCUUCCCUUUACCUCUCUUCUAGCCACUGCCAGAAGUGGCGGCUGAAAGGGCCGAACUCUGUGUCUGGGUUUAGCAGGAGGCUUAAAGGCAGCAUGGUUAAUCAGAGCUUUUGGACUCUGCCACUGACGUACUGCUGCUUCUACUUUACUAUCAAGGAAGAGUAAAGAGGAGCCAAACACUGAACUAUGCUGAAGUGCGAGGCUAAUCUUAUGUGAAACCUAGUGAGAGGAGAGAGGCAAAUCAUAUCGCCCCACAGAGAACCAUGUUUGCCCACCAGUUGGCACUCUGGUGUGCCAGGAAGGUCAGUGCUCUGCCUUCUGACACAAGCAACCUCUGAUACACCACCCUCUUGUUCCUGGAUAAGAUGUCGUAAGUAGUGUUGACUGUAAGUGAAUUCAACCAUAGGUUGAGCCAUAAAACAUUCUUGAGUAUACGUAGUCAUAGUUGUCUCAUCGGAGCCAUUUCUGUUGCAGAGAAGGCAUCUCCUUCCUGAGGUAACCUCUCCUGCAUAAGGCAGUUGGUCAGUCUAUAGGCUGAUGUGCCAGGUGCCAGCAUAGUAGCCUCCAUAUCCUCAGAUACGUACUACCUCCUCUGGCAUGGAAGCGGGUGGGGAAGGAGAUUGCCAUAUAUGCUGGAGGUGAGGGGAUUCUUUGACUCACAUUCACCUCCUCUAAAACACCACAAGCAUACUAAGACGAGUAACCUGGAGGUUAACUCCAUUGUUGAUCCAGGUUAGCUCCAUUGUUGAGAGUUGACCAGUAAGAAACCUGUCAUCCCAGAUUAUUCCACUCGUGAGUGAGAGAUAAUCUCCAAAAAUCAUUGUUUCAGCUCUGAAGGGGGUUCAGGAGGUACAGGUCCAUCCAUACUUAGAAGAUCCACAUGGUCACAAGCUGAUGCUAUUUCAGCCAAAGGACAUGACACCAGAACUCCACUCCCUAGGACAUUCUUGGUCCUGUGAACAAGAUGAGCCUUUCACCAAAGAGAGGUACAAGACCUAGCCGCAGAACUGCAUUGAUACCUGGUUGCAAUCCAGAACAAAUCCCUCACACUGCUCCUUCUGAACCCCCUCCCAGCAAGGAGUGAACCACUGAAGACCUAUCCCUGGAGGAGGACUGCUCUAUGCAAGCAUGCUAUAGGAGAGAUUAUGUUUGCAAACAAAUGAAGCAUAUCUGGUGCAUGCACAAUUAGCUGGUGAGCAAAAGCAAACAUGGCAGACGAAGCUCUCAUCUAAUUUAACUUUGUCAAGUGUUUUGUGCAUGCUGUACAUGUCUGACAGGGUAAGGAUUCUUUCUUGCUUAUUAUGUGGUAUAUGUAUGUAUUCUUGUGUAGUGCUGUAUUAGUUUCUCAAAAUGUGAUAAAAUUAUUCUCAAACUUGGUGUGUUUUUAAGUUUUUCAGUCUGUUAACUUCACUUCCCAUGAGAGGAAAAACAUUUGAUGGCAACAAUAUAUAUAUUUAAAUAUAAAAUAAAUAUUAUUUUGCUUUCCAUAAAUUUUUAGAAAACAGUAAUUUCAAACAACUUUCACAUGAGGGCUAGCUGUCUGUGUCACUGCAUUCUUGAUAGUGAAAUGGUCUGAAAUUAAUUCAUUCAUUGGUCCUUUAACUCUAUUAAUUUUCUGUGAAUCCCAACUGUUGUUAUUUUUUACUCCAAAAACAUGGAAUUAUAAUUUGAUGUAUUUAUUGUUGGUAUAUAGGUUAAAAUAAAUAAUUAUAUAGGAAUGUGGUGGAGUAAUAAAGUUUUAAAUUUUAAUGUUGUGAAAUUACGUAAUUUUGAGCAGUCUUCUGAAACGAUAUCAACGAAAAUAUGUAAAUCUGAAUAUUUCAAAUGAAAAAUAUUUUUAUGCUCUCAAAUUUUGCAUACGAUUUUAUUAUUUCAUAUAAAGAUCAACUUCAAAACUUCAAAUGAAAGAGGACAAAUUAGAUAUGUAUGUCUGUCCAUGUGCUGGUUACUGGCAGGAAAAUAUUGGAAUGUCAAUCUCGGCAAUGUUUGGCAGACGAACUUUUAAUGGUGGUAUAGACAUGGAGGGGCUAUUGUGUGGGUCUUUUGAACUUAGUAAUAAUAUUACUCAUUUACUGAGCAAGUGCUCUAUCUUAUACCUCCUGAGCAAUGUAGGCUUGGUUACAAAGUGCUCUGUCUCACUGUUCUGUUUCAUCUUAAUUCUCUUAAGCUUUGCAUGAAUUGGACAGUGAGUGGCUGCCAGCCACUUAUUUCUCCUUUCCUUGUCACUUUUGCUGGGAAUAUGAUGCCAGGAUACUAGGCUUCCCUUUCCCCACCUAUUAGUGCAUCCUACAAUAACACAUGACUGAACCAUUCCUUAGAAAUAAGACACAGAUUAACUUGAAAGGUCAAUGUUCAUCUGAUACAGCAGUGAAACGGAAAGGAUUUUGCCCACCAGCCUUGGUAUUGUUUGGGAAAAAUGUGUUGAUGACUCCUAUUGGGAAUGCUAGUUUUUUACCCCUAAAUAAAAAACAUGUUUUUCACCCACAAAUAAAAAAACAGACUGACAAAAAAAAAACAACAACAACAAAGAAUGGAAAGAAUGAUGGAUAUUCAUGCAAUCCAAGCCUUUUAACCAGUCAGUAUUGGGUAGCAUAGCAGUACAUCUGUCUCAAACAGUGGCAGAAAACAAGUGAAGGCGAUGGUUGGUGAGUGAGGGAUAUUGCCCCACUCACUCCUCUUCUUCCACCUGGUUAACUACCUUGUUACAAAGUUUUGACUGUUUCCAGCUUGCACUGAAA